AGGGGAGGCUCUUCACACCGAACAUUUCUCCUCCAUCUCCUCACUUUUCUAGUCAGCAAGCAAGCCUGUCGGAGCUACAAUAAGUAGUGCCACUGCGGGGUUACUAAACUGUAAGGAUUUCCACCGUGUCUUCACACUUUUUGUUAUAUUUUUUCAUUUGUAAACGUCUCUCCUCGAAUGAAAAGAGAAACGCAAUUGCAAUGCUUUUAAUCCAUUUUUUGAAAGGGUAAAAUGGUGCAAGCACAAGGAUGCGAGAUACUGUAAUCGUUCACACUGCUGGAACACCAAAUGGAUGGUGUAUUGAGUAGGACAUCCCCUCACCAUUUGCAAUGGAGGCAAAUGAAGCCAUGUGAGUGACCUUUAUCGCACAAUGAAUUCAAGCUCUGACGCUCAAAGCAGGAAGAAGUAACAUUUGUUCAUCAUCUAAGGGAGAGCUGUUGAUCUUGGGAAAACAAGUGUCAUAACAAUGCCCAAACGGUCCGAGGAGAUGCUGACAGACGUGUGGACUUCCUUGUUGCUUGUGUGGAUUACGUGUGUUCCUUAUACAUCCAUGACCCCCAUCAUCAGCCAGUCCAAAAGUUUACAAACUGGUUCCACUGCAAUCCUACGUGGCCUCGUCGAAGGACAAAGAAUACUUAGUCGAGCCAAGAGAGGAUGGGUUUGGAAUCAAAUGUUUGUGUUGGAGGAGUUCUCUGGACCAGAUCCAAUUCUAGUUGGCAGGCUACACACAGAUUUGGAUGUUGGCAGCACACCAAUAAAGUAUGUCCUGGCUGGCGAAGGGGCGGGUACCAUCUUUGCCAUCAAUGAGAUUACGGGAGAUAUUCAUGCCAUGAAGAGACUGGACAGAGAGGAGAAGGCAGAGUACACUCUUACAGCACAAGUCACUAACAGAGACACCGAUCAACCCCUGGAACCGCCCUCGGAGUUCAUCAUAAAAGUGCAAGAUAUCAACGACAAUCCGCCACAGUUCGUUGAAGGCCCCUACCGGGCCUCUGUCCCAGAGAUGUCUCAAGUGGGUACCUCAGUCACUAGGGUGACGGCAACAGACGCAGAUGACCCAGUCUAUGGAAACAGUGCUAAACUUGUGUACAGCAUACUGGAAGGACAGCCCUACUUCUCCAUAGACCCCAACACUGCGAUUAUUAAAAUUGCUUUACAUGGGAUGGAUCGAGAGAUGCGAGAGGAGUACCUGGUCGUCAUUCAAGCAAAAGACAUGGGUGGUCAUAUGGGAGGGUUGUCAGGGACAACAACAGUUACUGUCACACUAACAGAUGUCAACGAUAACCCGCCAAAGUUCUCAAAAAGUCUGUACGAGUUUGUGAUCCCAGAGGAGCUUGGCAUUGGUAAACCUGGUGGCAAGGUAAAGGCAAAUGAUAGGGACAUUGGCGAGAACGCCAAAUCAACGUACAACAUCAUUGACGGUGAUGAGAAGGACGUCUUCGAGAUCAUUACAGAUGCCCAGACUCAAGAGGGGAUCCUUCGUCUGAAGAAGCCCCUGAACUUCGAGACUAAAAAGUCAUAUACACUGAAGGUGGAGGCGGCCAACAUUCGAUUUGAUCCCAACAGUGGCGCCCCCUUCAAGGAUACAGCCACGGUGAAGAUUGCAGUGGAAGAUUCAGAUGAACCCCCUGUCUUCUCCAAGCCCACAUUUGUCCUGCAGGUGGAUGAGAAUGCCCCCAUCAACACGGUUAUAGGAACAGUCACAGCCCGCGAUCCUGAUGUCACUGGCAGUCUAGUCAGGUACUUUAUUGAUCGCCACACCGAUCUGGAGAGGCAGUUCAAUAUUAACGUAGACGAUGGGAAGAUAACGUUGGCCAAACCGCUGGACCGAGAGACAGAUGUGUGGCACAACAUCACAGUAACAGCCACUGAAAUCAGAAACCACAGCCAGAUAUCACGGGCUAUCGUGGCCAUCCGAGUGCUGGACAUAAAUGACAACGCCCCAGAGUUUGCGACGGAAUACGAGGCUUUCCUCUGUGAAAAUGGCAAACCUGGCCAGGUGAUACAGACGGUCAGUGCUGUCGACAAGGAUGACCCAAUACAGGGACACUACUUUGAAUACCGCCUCAUCCCAGAGAUGCUAAACAAUCCUAAUUUCACGAUAAAAAACAACGGAGACAACUCCAUCAGUGUUUUAGCCAAGCAUGACACCUUCCGGCGCCAGAAACAGGAGAUGUAUUUCCUGCCCAUAAUUGUGACUGACAAUGGAAAUCCUCCAAUGAGCAGCACUAACACGUUGACCAUCCGGGUGUGUGGAUGCAGCAGGGAGGGAAUAGUCCAGUCAUGCAACGUGGAGGCCUAUGUCCUACCCAUUGGCCUCAGCAUGGGAGCUUUGAUUGCCAUUCUCGCCUGCAUAAUACUACUUUUAGUUAUAGUGGUGCUGUUUGUGACGCUGAGAAGACACAAGAACAAGCCACUUAUCAUCAAAGAUGACGAAGAUGUGAGGGAGAACAUCAUCCGGUAUGAUGAUGAGGGGGGUGGAGAAGAAGACACUGAGGCCUUCGACAUUGCCACACUGCAGAACCCUGAUGGAAUCAAUGGUUACCUGCCCCGCAAGGAUAUCAAGCCAGACCUGCAGUUCAUGCCAAGGCAGAGUGGUGGUCCUAACGGUGUGGAUGUGGAUGAGUUCAUCAAUGUCAGACUCCACGAGGCGGACAACGACCCCACAGCCCCUCCCUACGACUCAAUUCAGAUCUAUGGCUAUGAGGGCCGGGGCUCCAUUGCUGGGUCCCUGAGCUCCCUCGAGACUGCGUCCUCAGACUCAGACCAGAACUAUGACUACCUCAGAGAGUGGGGUCCGCGUUUCAGAAGACUUGGGGAGCUCUACUCAGUGGGUGAAAGUGAUAAGGAGACGUACUUUAUUGAUCGCCACACCGAUCUGGAGAGGCAGUUCAAUAUUAACGUAGACGAUGGGAAGAUAACGUUGGCCAAACCGCUGGACCGAGAGACAGAUGUGUGGCACAACAUCACAGUAACAGCCACUGAAAUCAGAAACCACAGCCAGAUAUCACGGGCUAUCGUGGCCAUCCGAGUGCUGGACAUAAAUGACAACGCCCCAGAGUUUGCGACGGAAUACGAGGCUUUCCUCUGUGAAAAUGGCAAACCUGGCCAGGUGAUACAGACGGUCAGUGCUGUCGACAAGGAUGACCCAAUACAGGGACACUACUUUGAAUACCGCCUCAUCCCAGAGAUGCUAAACAAUCCUAAUUUCACGAUAAAAAACAACGGAGACAACUCCAUCAGUGUUUUAGCCAAGCAUGACACCUUCCGGCGCCAGAAACAGGAGAUGUAUUUCCUGCCCAUAAUUGUGACUGACAAUGGAAAUCCUCCAAUGAGCAGCACUAACACGUUGACCAUCCGGGUGUGUGGAUGCAGCAGGGAGGGAAUAGUCCAGUCAUGCAACGUGGAGGCCUAUGUCCUACCCAUUGGCCUCAGCAUGGGAGCUUUGAUUGCCAUUCUCGCCUGCAUAAUACUACUUUUAGUUAUAGUGGUGCUGUUUGUGACGCUGAGAAGACACAAGAACAAGCCACUUAUCAUCAAAGAUGACGAAGAUGUGAGGGAGAACAUCAUCCGGUAUGAUGAUGAGGGGGGUGGAGAAGAAGACACUGAGGCCUUCGACAUUGCCACACUGCAGAACCCUGAUGGAAUCAAUGGUUACCUGCCCCGCAAGGAUAUCAAGCCAGACCUGCAGUUCAUGCCAAGGCAGAGUGGUGGUCCUAACGGUGUGGAUGUGGAUGAGUUCAUCAAUGUCAGACUCCACGAGGCGGACAACGACCCCACAGCCCCUCCCUACGACUCAAUUCAGAUCUAUGGCUAUGAGGGCCGGGGCUCCAUUGCUGGGUCCCUGAGCUCCCUCGAGACUGCGUCCUCAGACUCAGACCAGAACUAUGACUACCUCAGAGAGUGGGGUCCGCGUUUCAGAAGACUUGGGGAGCUCUACUCAGUGGGUGAAAGUGAUAAGGAGACUUGACCUUUGAUCAGCAGAUACCCUUUGAUUUUGUCCACAUACUUGUGUAUUAUGCUAGGGUUUGCCGGCUUAUAGAAACAGCUGUUUAAAAAAGGGGGCCACCUUUUGUACUCUUAGAGUGAAGUAUAGCGUUCAUCAUCUAUCACGUUAAGCGCUUUGUAUUGUUGAGCCAAACUUAACAAUGUCGAUAUAUUAGGAGGUCUAGGAUUCUUGUGGAGUGUAAUUUAGAUUCCGUUGUGGAGUGUCUAGCAGUAUUUUGGGUAUUUGUCAUUCGCUGUGACUGCCAGAAGCAUAAAGACCUGGAUUCUUGGUAGUUGCCUGAUGAAAGAAGAGAGGGAUUGUGUGACGUUCUACAGCCUUCAUGGACAACAUGGAGAUUCAACCACAGAACAAUUGUACUACUGAGUGGCCCUCAUCUCAGAUCUCUACCCACCACCCAGAUAAUCAGAGAUAAAAUAGGAAACUAAAAGAAAAAGCAAUAUUUGGUCUACAAUACAAUGUUGAAUGUAUGUAUGAUUUGAAAAAGCAAAAUGAGAACCACUACAAUAUUGGCUUUAAAAUGAAUUUGUUUAGAUAUCAUUUGAUACCAGGUGGCCACAUUUAUAAACUGUUUGAGCCAGACAGUUUGCUUUAUACAACUAUUUGUAAUUACACGCUCCAAGUGUGGUUUGCAAAUAUUAUUAGCCUAUAAAAGACUAAAGCGAAAGACAAAAAAAGAGAAAUGUAGAAACUUUGAGGCCUUCUUUUUACAGAAGCAAGCAUUAAAUYCAAUUGUAUUCAKAUGUUUUURGAAAAUGAUCGUSUUGAUUCCUCAUUAUCGUUGUAUGAUURGUUUUUUAUAUAUCUGUUCUUAUUUGCGUUUGUUUCUGUGCUACAGGUUAUAAGUGAGUGAGAGUUUAGAAUGAUCCCUUUUCUCAACUGUUCUUUCCACCGCUGAAGCUAUUUCAUCACAGCUGAACUUGUUGUUUYGAUAUUGCUGUUAAUAWAGUAUACAGAGAACAGGAAUUACUGWAWAGUAAAAGAUUGGAUGGAAAGGGAACUUUUACACAUACAAUUAAUGUAUACUGUUUAUCAUUAUUCUGUAUACAGAGUUACCAGUGACCAUUUAAGCACAAUAGCUGGGAUAAUUUAAUUGAUGUGAAUAUUCGACCCCUCAAUUUUAAAUUUCAUUUAGGAACCACUGGUAACAAAACCCAUAAAAAUAAAAUACAGACUCUUGCAUAUUGUGCUACACUGUAUAUUAUUAGACAAAAAAUACAUGUACAUAGAGUUACUGAUAAUAUCCGUAGCUUUCAUUGAGGUGGUAGGUUUUGUCUAUGCACGUUAGCUCUUGCACAUGAGAAUCUAAAAUGGCACUACAGCUGCGUGCAUACUCAAUUUGUACUGAUACAGUAUAUGGCAGUUCUCAGUAGACUUAACAAUAUAUAUGAAAUAGUCUUACAUGCAGAUCAUAUUUUCUACUGUGCUUUAAUGCUUAUAAAUGUGUAUGUUUAAUUAUUCACUCCCUGUAAUGUAAUCUAAGAUACCCUGUAUUGUUUCCUACUUUGUGAAAUAUAUUUUUAUAAAUAUU